GUCUCGGCUUCUUCGUCUGAUUUCUCCAUUUAUAAAAUGGAGGAUUCUUGACUUCCCACUUUCUUUCCAUUGAUUACAAAUUCAGAACCCAUCACCCAAUGGCGAUGAUGAAUUCACGAGCUGAAGAUCAACCUCACUCCCAGUCAACCGCCAUGGAUGAGAUCUCAUCCCCAUCACAGCAGCAGCUUCCCAUAAGCACCACCACGAAGACGAUCAAGAAGAAGCAGCUGACUCUGAUCCCUCUCAUCUUCCUCAUCUACUUCGAAGUCGCCGGCGGGCCGUACGGCGAGGAACCGGCCGUACAGGCCGCCGGACCUCUCUAUGCCAUCCUCGGCUUCCUCAUCUUCCCUUUCAUCUGGAGCAUCCCGGAGGCUCUCAUCACCGCCGAGCUCUCCACCGCUUACCCUGGCAACGGCGGGUUUGUCAUCUGGGCCGACCGCGCCUUUGGGCCCUUCUUCGGAUCCCUAAUGGGCUCCUGGAAGUUCCUCUCCGGCGUCAUCAACGUCGCGGCUUUCCCCGUCCUCUGCAUCGAUUACCUCAAGAAGGUAAUCCCAGCUCUCCAAUCGGGCUGGCCGCGGACCAUUUCGAUUUGGGGGUCAACUCUGUUCCUCUCGUUCCUCAACUACACAGGAUUAGUCAUAGUAGGUUACUUCGCCGUGUUCUUGGGGAUUGUAUCUCUCUCACCCUUCAUAAUCAUGUCAAUCCUCGCGAUACCCAAAAUUAAACCUCGCAGAUGGAUCAGUCUCGGGGACAAAGGGGUGAAGAAGGACUGGAAUCUGUUCUUCAACACCUUGUUUUGGAACCUCAAUUUCUGGGACAGCGUCAGCACACUAGCCGGGGAAGUCGACAAGCCAGCCAAGACGUUCCCGCUAGCGCUACUGAUCGCAGUGAUCUUCACCUGCGUCUCUUACCUGAUCCCUCUCUUCGCCGUGAUCGGCGCCGUCGCGGUUGAACAAUCCGCCUGGGAAUCAGGGUUCCACGCCACGGCUGCAGAGCUAAUUGCCGGGAAGUGGUUGAAAUACUGGGUGGAGAUCGGCGCGGCAUUGUCUGCUGUGGGGCUCUUCGAGGCCCAGCUGAGCAGCUGCGUGUACCAGCUGCUGGGCAUGGCUGAUUUGGGCAUCCUGCCGAUAUUCUUCGCCCUGAGAUCGAAGUGGUUCAACACUCCUUGGGUCGGGAUACUGGUGUCGACGGUGAUCACACUGGGUUGCUCGUACAUGGACUUCGCGGACAUAAUUUCGUCGGCGAAUUUUCUGUACACGCUGGGGAUGCUGCUCGAGUUCGCGGCGUUCCUGUGGCUGAGGAGGAAGCUCCCCGAGCUGAAGAGGCCCUACAGGGUUCCAAUGAGGCUCCCCGGGUUGAUUGUGAUGUGCUUGAUUCCUUCUGGGUUCUUGGUGAUCAUCAUGGUGGUUGCUACAAAGACUGUUCUUUUGGUCAGUGGGCUAAUGACUGCUGGCGCAGUUGGGUGGUUCUUCCUGAUGAAGUUUUGUAAGGCGAAGAGGCUGUGCAUAUUCAACAGUGAAAGCAGCAGUGUUGCUGAAGAUGAAUGAGUAACAGAAACAAAAGUUAGCAGCUUUAGAAUGUAUUCUGAAUUUGGUUGCGUUCAAUUUGUGGCAAUUCCUCUUGUAUUUGUAACUUGUAAGGUUGUAUGAAAAGGUUUAGAUUUUAGACUAGAACUGAUUUAAGAAUCACAGAAACAUGACUGAUCAAAAUAUUUGAUUCACCGGAAGUGGUUAAGCAUCAUACACAGGCCUGUAUAAGGUUCAGUAUAACCUUCUCUCAACAACUCGAGUUAUUGGGAUCAAUUGGUUCUUGACAUGGUAUCUGAGCCUUCUGUGACCGAGAGGUCUUGUAUUCGAUUCCUGGUGACCCCCAUUUGUGAAUUACAUGGUAUUCUUGUCUUCAGACCUAUGCAAACUUAAAGCCCUUGUGAGUUGCUUUCGUUUGAGGGGGGCGUGUCAGUGUUGUGGUA